AAUGUAGAGACAGGGCUCGUGUCACUCCUGCAUUGCCCUUUCAGCAGCACGAGCACACUUCAGAACUUUCAAUUGGACAGCGCAGAAACCCGCUCCAGAUCCUUACAGCUUGCACCCCAAGAGCUCUGUGUGAAUCAUGGAUGAGGACAUUGACUUUGAGCAUCGCAGAGAGUUACGGAGACAAAAGCGAGAAGAGAUGCAGCGGGAGGCAGAGAAGAUGAACUCUCCCGAUGAUGAUGAGGAAGCGGCCCGGGAGCGCCGGAGACGAGCCCGUCAGGAACGCCUGCGCAAUAUGGAGAAUGAGGAGUCGAAUAACACUACAAUGGAAACUAACAGUACAGAGACGUCCUCCUUGAUCACUAGUUUUGCACCAACUGAGGAUGAUGAACAGGCUCUCUUAGAGAGGAUUGCCAAAAGAGAAGAGCGGAGACAGAAAAGGAUGAAGGAAGCUUUGGAGAGACAGAAGGAACUUGAUCCCACCAUCACGGAUGAAACUGUAACCACCACCACAGACGACGAGCCAAGUGGUAGAAAUGGUGAACAAGAGUCCUCCCAAAAUGAUGUUCAGUCUUCAGAAACCAACUCUUGGAAGGAAAGGGAAGAGAAAAACGAGGAAGAAAAGAUAGAGGAAAGCAGCGUUGAAGUGGAAGAGGCCAUCACAAAAAAGGAAGACCCAGUGCCAGUCACAGCAGUCGAGGAACCCAAAGAAUCUUCUGAGAAGACUGAGGGACCAGAAGAGGAAGAUGGAUCACAGAGGUCCUACCUCAGAGAACAGAAAUCCACAGAGGAGAAACCAAAAGAAGCAGCUGCACCGAAUGAGGAAGAAACUAGCAUAGAGAUUAAAGAACAAACAAAUGCAGAUUUAGCCAGUGCAGACUUAGAAAAGAAAGAGGUUGAAGAUGAAAGUCAAAUAUCAGGAAAAGAACCAACAAAAGAGGACCAAAUAGAGGUGGAAGUCAUAGUGCUGCCAACUACACCAAAGAGUGAAGAGGAAAAGGAAGAACAGGUCAAGAAACCUGAAGAAAAGCCUGUUGUGGUGAAGGUUCAAAUUCAAGACGAAGCUCCAGUGAAGAAGGAAGAUGAGAAACUUAUGAAGGAGCAAGCGAAAUCCCAUGUACCUGUUGAAGAAACACCAAAAGAAUCAAUUAGAGAAGUUGAGGUGAAGGCCAAAACCCCAAAGAAGGAAGAGGAGAAACCACAGCUGAAGAGGAGUGUUGAAGAAAAACCAUCCACACCAAAGAAGGUUGAGGAGAAACCUGUGGCUCCAAAGAAAGAGGCUGAGGAAAAGCCUAAAUGGAAGAAAGAAGCUGAAGAAAAGAAGGUCAAAGUAGAAGAAAAAGUCAGAUCAAAGAAGGAGGAGGUUGUAGAGGAAAAACCAAAACCUUCCUUUUUAUGUGACAAAUUGAACGUGUCGAAAAAGCCACAAGAUGUAGCUGACAGCAACGCCAAAGCCAAGAAACCAGAGAAGACACUAAGUCCCACCAGCUUGCGUUCUCCUGACACAGAAAAGCAUGAUCCUAUGGCUAAGCUGGAGGCAGAACGCAAGCUCCAAGAGCUGAAGCGCAGGCGGAAUGAGACAGACAGCGAGGUGCUGGAGAAGAUGAAGCAGAAGCAGCAAACUGCCGAGGCCGAGCUCGAGGAGCUGAAGAAGAAGAGGGAGGAAAGGAGAAAGAUUCUGGAGGAGGAAGAGAAGCAGAAGAAACAGCAGUUGGCAGAAAAGAAAGCCAAAGAGGAGGAAGAGAGGAAGAAGAUGAAGGAAGAGAUUGAGCGAAGGAGAGCAGAGGCAGCCGAGAAAAAAAAACAAAAGGAGGAGUCGAAAGAAGGGAGCAAAGCACCAUUCAUCGCUCCGAAGGGUGCCUCCGCAAAGAUUGGAGAGAAAGCUGAAUUUCUCAACAAAUCUGCUCUAAAAAGUCCGGUUAAGACGUCACACACUCCAUUAGUUUGCAAGAUUGGAAACAGACUAGAGCAAUACACUUCUGCUGUUCAGACCAAAGAAGUGACCAAAUCACCCAAAUCUCCUGUGGAUGUACCUGUGGCGGAAAGUCUGCGGAGCAUCAAGAGCAUGUGGGAGAAGGGGAAUGUGGUCAAUCCCAGCCCGAGUCCAGCCAGCCCCCCACCGAUCACCAAGGAAACAGCUGGUCUGAACAUAGGUGUGGCUGGUCGCAUUAACAGCUGGAAAACCAAGACUCCAGAGCCCAAGCCUGCUGAACCCAAACCAGCUCCUGAACCAGAAAAACCGCCUGCUAAAACAGAGCAAAAGCCAGCUGAGGUCACUAAACCACGUGGUCCAUGGGAAACAAAGGGCUCCACACCUGCCAAGGUGUUCGCAGCCAAGAGUAAAUUUGAAUUUGUCACAAAUGGAACAAGAAAAUAAAGACAUCCAACGGAACCCAGAUCAGCCCAAGUGGAAGAUGCAUCCAUUAAAUGUGCAUGAUUUUGCAACUUCAGGACACUAAUCUUAUAUUGGAUCAAGCAACAAUUUACAGUACAAAAUAAACAUUUUGUAAGUUUAAGAAAAGCCUUUAAACUAAAACAUUUAAAUGUAUUAAAAUGAUCAUGAAUGCACAAGCCAAAUAAUACAUAUUCAAGUAUUAAAGGGUUAGUUCACCCAAAAAUAAAAAUUCUGUGAUUGAUUACUUACCGUCUUGUUGUUCCAAACCCGUAAAGACUUCGGAACACAAAUUAAUGGAACCUGUAUGCGCAAAAAGAACACAUGCUCAUUUAAUUUGCAUAGGGAGAAAUGCACAUGAAUGAGUUGUGCUAUUGUCGACUGACACAGAAGGGAAGAAAUUGUUGAAUUAAGUCGUUAUUUUUGUUUUCCUUGCACACAAAAAAAGUAUUAUUGAUUUAUUAUUAACCACUGAUGUUAAAUGGACUAUUUUAAUAAUGUCCUUCCAAACUAUCUUUCUGGGCCUUGAACGUGGAGGUUGCGUUGCUGCCUACGCAUGGUCAGAAAGCUCUCGGAUUUCAUCAAAAAUAUCUUAAAUUGUGUUCUGGAGAUGAACGAAGAACUUACGGGUUUGGAACAACAUGAUGGCAAGUAAUCAAUUUUCAUUUUUGGGUGAACUAUCCCUUUAAUAAUUAAACAUAUCAAACAUUAUUAAAAAGUGACAGGUGGAUUUAAACCAACAUACUGUAGAAUUUGAUUGGACGCAAGUGUUUAAGUGGAAACUGUUUUCACUUAUCUUUUAAACAUUGAUACACUUAUUUAUUUUGCUCUCAUAACUAUGCAUGAUUAUAUGGUUGAAUUUUAUUAUUUGCAUUUAGCAUUAUUUUGUCCCUACUGUCCGGAACCCUAUAAGAUAAAAAAUUAACCUAAAAACAUUUUUUUAUUGAAUUAUAUAAACAAUUUACUUUUUAAUAACAUCAGAAAAUAAAUGAUAAUAAACAAUUAUAAAACAAUUACAGCUACCAGUAACCAUUAAAACAGUUGCGAUCACAUUAACAAAACUGUCUUUUGUCAAUAAGUGUAAACGUACAGUUCAUGCAGAAGUCACUUUCAAACCAAGUAAAUUUGUGCAACCAAUGUAAACCUGUUGCGAAGUCUGUGUGGGCCUUAAGCAGACUUCCAGAUUGUGUGGAAUCCUAUUGUAAUGGCAGGAUUUUGCUCAUUAAUAUUUGCCAAACAACACUAAAUUUAACUGCAUCUUUCUUUAGACUGCAUCUAUAGUCUUGAUAAUGACAUUAUUAAAAAAUUACAAUUUUAAUUUUAACCUUCCCAUUCACCCUCUGAAGUUUCAUGUUCAUGGAGAUUCAGAUGACCUGUUUCUUUUGCACUCAUGAUGUAAUGCUUUUUAACAUGUUGUGGUUUAGGUGUUUGAUCAUGCUUUGCUAAUACUGCUUUUGCCUUAUGACUUUGCACUUGGACUCUCAAAGUCAUGCUACAUCUUAACAGUCUUACUGGUACAGCAUUAUAAAUCAUUUUGGUAGUAAAAUAGCUCAACUCUUUCAAAAUAUCCAUCAAGUUUGUCCUACCAUAACAGCUCAGACUAUCAGCGACUGUACAACUGUUGUAUUGUCAAUCAAGCUUUCACAGUAAAGUAGUGAUACUUGCACAA